AUGGCUUCCAAGGAGUCGUACAAGCAAGACCUGGUCAUCAGCAUCAGAUAUCGGAAUGACCUACCACCACCGCCUAUGCCACCGAAGCUGCUCGAGAUCGACACUGGCGGCCUACAACAAUAUCUCGACCCGGGCUUCGCUGCGAGCAUAGCCAAACGAGAAGAACCAAAUAUUGAAGCCGAUGCAGAGGGAGGCAUGCCUAUAGAUGUGAUCGGCAUGUAUGGCUACUUUGAAGGAGACGAGUCCUCAAUCAUGGCUCCAGAAGUUCCGCCAAUACUGCAUCCGGACGAUGAGCUGCUGAUGCUCGGCCCAGAACAGUUAAAGGCUGGUGGUCCUGUUUCCGGCACAAACUUCCUGCGCAAAACACAAUACUUGACUGCCACCGCUGCUGUUGCCAACGAUCCUUCGCGCAUGGUUCAAUCACGAGCACGGAAGGAUGCCCGACCGAAGCAGCAAGUCUUACCAAGAAACGAUAAAGAGAAUGUAAAGAGGAAUAUCCAGAAAGCCUUCGAUCUAGCAUACCCACACUCGAAACAACAAGAUUCAACCUCUUACCCGGUCUCACAGGCUGAACUCGGAUUUUACCCCUUACUCCCCGACUUUGAUGCCAACACUGCUAUCAGAUCUUCCUGGAAUCUUCUACGUUUCGACAAACCGCCGCUACCCGCAAUCAGAGGUCAUCACCGCGAUAAUCGUAUCGAUGCCGCCUUUCUGAUGGCCACUGAACACCCUGAGAGCAUGAAAGUCUGGGAAGAGCAAAAGAAAGCUUAUGAUCAGGAUCCCAAGAACUUUGAUAACCCCGGAAAUCCACCUGCUGCAUGGUCGUUGCUCCUGCCUAGGGAUCAAGCAGCUACCCCUCUAAUACGUACAAUCAUGAAUCAAAGGCAUCCCGAGCAUGAUUAUGAAGGUCACAUGGCUAGAGUGGCAGAACCAGAUGAAAGAGAUGAUGACAGACUCAAGAUACCUUUCGACCUCGCUCGCUUUUACAGCAAUGCACUCUCCAAAGACAACGAUCCUGGGAGACACACUCGCCAGGUAGUCGUCACUCUUCCUAAAAGCUCAAACAAAUCCCGGGCCCAUUAUUACCCUAUCGGCCAAGUCAACAAGCUCAUGGGAGACCGUGCCAAUCUCGGCUCGAGCCUCAAAUCCUCCAUGGUGCAAGAUCUACCAGAUCAAGUCAUGAUCGCUCCUCGAGAAUUAAGCAACAUUGAACUCGAAUAUAGAGCUUCGGACAGAGAGGACUUUGAUCCUGCCUUUGCGUCCACUUAUGCUGAGAUUGAGGCUGCAGCUCGGAGAGAAAAGGAGGAACAACCACCAGACGUCGCUACCAAUGAAAAUCUCGAUGAGAAUUCGUUGGCCCCAAACGUUGAUGCUGUGGUCGAAGCUGCUACAGAGAGACAGGCAGAAGAUACUGCGGCCGGAAGAGGUGAGGAUGUGCGGAUGGAGGACGCCAGGCUAGAUGGUGAUGAUGAGCCUUGA